AUGACAAUAACCUACCAGAAUUUAUGGCCAUUAGCUUCAGAUCCCAUACUCUAUAAGUACGACAACGUUACAUUAAAGGUAACCACAUUGUCAUAUCUUGCAAAUUACAAUAUAUAUAAGUUAUCGGAGGUUGUAACAAGACAUCAAAGCAAAUCAUCAUCAGAGCAUAUUCAAACCAUCAUGAUAACAGUAUCCAUCGCCGCCGAGUUGCUUGAAGAAUACACGGUGGCGCUCGCUCGUAUCACCGCUACCCUCCUCCCUCCACUACAUACAAGUCCCCGUCGACGCGUCCGAGCUCCGACUAGCAGCGGCCGAGCUGAUUCUCCCUUGCCUCGUAACGACAUAUCACCAUCGUCAUGCGCUCCGAACUACGCCGCUUUUCUCUUGAAUUUCUGA